AUAUAGUAUGUAUAUAUAAGUACUAUUUGUUUUUUAAAAAAAAAAAUCAUUUUUUUAAUUAUUUUUUAUAAUAAGGUAUAGGACCCUAACCGAACCUCAAUCCUCAUAAUUUUUUUAGUCCGAUAUUUACCGAUCAGACAUAUUUAGAACUCUAAUCAGCUACCCUGUCUUUCAAAACGUUGCUUUGCUGCUCAAACUCUCAAAGCAACGUUUUCAAAUUGGCGGUUCAAAGGCCAAACCGCUCAUUGAAUCCGCUCCUAACCAAACACUCAACAGCAAAAUUAGCUGAUUGAAUUGGUCAAAAUUAGCGGUUCGAAGGCCAAACGUUUUCAAAGCAACGUUUUUUUUUAAAAUCUUCUUUUUCCUCCUCCCAUUCUCCUUGCCCGCAAUUUCAUCAACAAUCAGGAGAUGGAAACAACUAUAAUAAGCAUGCUGCAAACUUCAGUAGAUUGGGUGACAAUGGCUUUUGAAGCUCCCUUUGCUCGGGCUGUUGUCUUUGGAGUACAAAUUGGAGGUCAUCUGUUUGUUGAAGGUCUUCUCUUUGUAGUCAUCCUCUAUCUUCUGUCUCAAAAAAGUUAUGCGCCUCCAAAGAAACCAUUGACAGAGGAGGAAAUAGAUGGAUUGUGUGUUGACUGGACUCCUGAACCCCUUAUUCCAGCUAUGACAAAAGAAAUGCGCCGUGAACCUCCAAAACUGGAGAGUGCUGCCGGGCCACACACAAUAAUUAAUGGCAAGGAAGUUGUGAAUUUUGCAUCAGCUAAUUAUUUGGGAUUGAUUGGACAUGAAAAACUACUCGAUUCCUGUACAUCUGCGGUAGAGAAAUAUGGUGUUGGUUCUUGUGGUCCUCGUGGUUUCUAUGGAACUAUUGAUGUGCACCUGGACUGUGAAUCCAGAAUUGCAAAGUUUUUGGGGACGCCGGAUUCAAUACUUUACUCAUAUGGACUUUCCACCAUGUUUAGCACAAUCCCAGCUUUCUGUAAAAAAGGCGAUAUUAUUGUUGUGGAUGAAGGUGUUCAUUGGGGUAUUCAAAACGGACUCCAUUUGUCAAGAAGCAAAAUUGUGCAUUUCAAGCACAACAAUAUGGAAUCCCUGAAAAGAACUUUAGAGACAAUAACUACUGAAAACAAGCGCAAGAAAACUCGGCGAUACAUUGUAAUUGAAGCAGUUUAUCAGAACUCUGGUCAAGUUGCUCCUCUAGAUGAGAUUGUUAAAUUGAAGGAGGAAUACCGGUUCCGCCUUAUGAUGGAUGAGAGCAACUCAUUUGGUGUGCUAGGAAGAUCUGGAAAAGGCCUUACAGAACACUUUAAAGUUCCUGUUGAGAAAAUCGAUAUCAUAACAGCUGCGAUGGGUCAUGCAUUAGCUGCAGAAGGAGGAUUCUGUACUGGAAAUGCAAGAGUCAUUGAUCACCAGCGCCUAAGCAGCUCUGGUUAUGUUUUUUCUGCUUCUUUGCCUCCGUACCUAGCUAGUACAGCAAUCUCUGCUAUUGAUGUCCUUGAAGAAAAUCCUAAUCUGAUUAGCAAGUUGAAAGAGAAUGUUGCGCAAUUAAGGGCUGGUUUGUCGAAUUCUGAAGGAUUAGUAGUUGCAAGUGACCCUCUUUCUCCCAUCGUUUUUCUACAACUAUCAAAAUCCACGGGUUCUUCAGAGAAGGACAUGCAGUUGCUUGAAGAUAUCGUUGAUGAGCUUUUGGAGAAGCACAACAUAUUCGUUGUAACUUCCAAGCGGUCAACACUUGAUAAAUGUCCUAUACCUGUUGGUAUAAAACUAUUUGUUUCUGCUGGGCAUGGUGAAUCUGAUAUAAUGAAAGUUUGUGAAGCAUUGAAGAUGGUUGUGCCAUCAGUGCUAAAUAACCCUGCUGAAAGUUUGGCUUCUGAAAAUUGAAGUCGUAUUGAUUUUUGCUUGUGGAUUCAAAGCUUGAGAUAUUGGAGUAAGCAAGACCCCAAUUAGAGACUCUCCUGCAAAAAGUUUUAUCUAUUUGAGAUUUCUGAGGAAUACAUACUUGCCAUUUAACAAGAUGUUCUCCGGAAGUAAUGGAAACAUGGGGUUGAUAUUGCAAUGUGGAAAGUUUAGGGAAAGUCGCAGUUUUGUAAAUCUGAAAUGUUGUGCUACUGCACCUUGAUUGAGGGAAGUUGUUUCAAGUACAAUGUUGCUAUAACUUGUCAGGUGGGUUUGGCUCUUUCAGGUCUGGCAUGUUAUGUAGAUUGAUUUUUCCACCUAGAGUCCAAGAAAAGUAUGUAAGCAUAGUGAAUGUGAUUUUAGAAACCAUCUUAUUUAGUCCCUUAAGUUCUUGAUCAAUAUUGUUUAUUUUUUCACAUUGUGUCGUUAAUAAUAAACCAUAAUUCAUUUUA